AUGUUCGCGGCCUGUGGCCUGACCGGUUGUGCCACGCAAUAUGGCCCAGCCAUUCAAACUUCCGCGAUUUGGUAUCCCAUUCCGGUCAGCCCGUUCUUCCAAGAUCAGGCCGAAGACCGGUUCUGGAUGGCAGAGCGUUACGAACGAGCCCCCGUGCUCGGGCCGAUCGGUGCCGAUGGCGUAGCAAUCGCCCUGGAUGAACCGAGCGACGACGAAGUGAUGCGGGCCAUGCCUUCGAUCGAAGGUGGUAUUCCCUUGUUCUAUACGCAACAACGCGACGACGUGAAGAUUGUCAAAGAACUGAUCGACGACUCGAUCGAUCCGCCGCGGGUAUACCCGCUGGUCGGGCCGGCACAGCUUCACCACUCAAGGUGGAAAUGUACGGUGUACUUCAGGGAGACCACCCAUGUGGGCUGGCCGCUGCCCUACACCACCGUCGACGAAGACUCAGUUGAAGUGGUGUACAUCGACCGCAGCCACCUUCACAUGGUGGGCAACGUCGAGACCGAUUCGCCGAUCAUGUCCCGUCUCUUGCUAGCGUUGUCGCUGGCCAUCGUGUGGUUUUCGCCCGCGAAUGUCCUGGCAGAUGAGGCCGACGACCAAUAUGCCGUCGCCGCCACUCACUACGCGCGCGGACAGUGGGAGCUGGCCAGCGAAGCGUUCGUCGAGUUCCUCGAUGGCUGGCCGGAUCAUGCUCACGCGAACACGGCCGAGUUCUUCUUAGGCGAAGCGCUCGUCCAGCAGGGUGAGUACGCGCAGGCGCUCGAGCGGUUCGAUCAAGCGCUGGCCCGUGAUCCGGAAGGCCGUUACGCGCGGCAGUCGCUAUUUCGCGCAGGCGAAGCUGCUUAUCUUCUGCACGAUUACGACUCGGCCGGAACCCGCCUUGCGGAUUUUGUCGAGCAGUAUCCCGACGAUGAAUUGAACGCCUACGCCUUGCCGUACCUGGCACAGAUCAAACUCGAAGGGGGCGACGCCGAAGAAGCACGCGCCCAAUUCGGCACAGCCCUCGAAAUGUUCCCCGCGGGAGCGUUAGCCAGCGACUGCCGGCUAGGGUUGGCCCGGGCGCUGGCCGCUGUGGGAGAAGGUGACGCGGCCGCCGAGCAAUACCGCAAGCUGGCCGGCGACACCAGCAGUUCUCUGGCCGACGAUGCGUUGUUCCAAUGGGCCGUGCAGUUGUAUUCCGAUGGCGAUUACGCCGAUGCCCGUCAGCGAUUCGGCGAGUUGCUCGAGCGGUUCCCUCAGAGCCCAUUGCGAAGCAAAGCCCGCCUGGGACUGGGGUGGGUUGAAUAUCACCUGGAAGAUUACGCCGCGGCCGAACGUACCUUUCGGGCGCUGGCCGACGAACCUGAAAUCGGCAACGAGGCCACCUACUGGCUCGGGCUAACGUUCAAGGCCCAAGAGAAGUGGCAACCGGCCGCAGACACUCUGCGUGAAGUGGCUCAGCAUGAGGCCUCGUGGCAAGUCCCGGCUCAAUAUCACGCGGCCGAGGCGUUGGUUCAGCUUGAUCGCGCGAACGAAGCCGGUGAGCUAUUCCAAGCGGUGGCCGAGCACGCUGACAGUGAAUGGGCCGACGAUGCAAUUCUGGCCUUGGCACGCGAGGCCUUCGAAGUAAACCAGUACGAAGAAGUUGAUCGCCUGGCUGAGCGUUUGGCCAGUGAGCAUGCAGACAGUGAGUUGAUUGGUCACGUGGCGAGUAUUCGUGCCCGUUCGCUACUGCGGCGGAAGGACUAUGAUACCGCGGCUACACUGCUGGAAUCGCUGCCGAUCGAUGUUUCGUCGGACGCUCCGCAGGCCGAGGACGGCCACGAGAAAACAAUCGACGGCUGGACGAACCGUUAUCUCUUGGCGGUGGCCUACGAAGAGCAGGGUAAGAGCGACGAAGCCCUGGCUCUGAUCGAACCCUUGCUCGAGACAUCGUUCGAGGAUGAAGAACUGUUGACCCUGCAAGCCAACGGACAUGCGUUGUUGGCUCGCAUUAACGUCGAACGUGCUGAUUAUUCAGAAGCCCUCAGUUCGUUGCGGCACUACUUGGCGGCCGAGCCCAAUGGUGAGUUCGCCGCCCAUGCGAAGGCUCAACUGGCAAUCUGUCAGGAGUUGUUGCUUUCCACCAUGCAGCAGUUGGCCGAAGCCGCCUUCGCCGACGGCGACCUGGUGUGGGCCAGCGAACGUUUUUCUGAAUUGUCCGCCGCCGGACGCCCCGAGCGCUAUCUGAUGGCCGGUCUCUCAGGGCUGGCGUGGUGUCACUACGAGAACGAGCAAUACCUGGAAGCAGCCCGGGUGUUCGACGACUUGCUGGAGCAAUUUCCCACCAGCGAGUUGGCUAUCGAUGCCUCGUUGGCUCGCGGUGAGAUCUUCGAGCAACAGAAAGAACCCGAGGCGGCCCUGGCAGCCUACCACCGCAUUAUCAAUCGCGACGAUGUGGAUGGCGAGCAACUUCGCAAGGCUCUGAUUCGCGCGGCCCGACUUCACGACGACUUCCAGCAAGACCGUGAAGCCGCCGCGUUGUAUGCCCGUUUAGCGGAAGACUAUCCCGACGACGAGCAACGAGAUGGCAUUCUCUAUCAAUGGGCCUGGGUGCUGGUCGAAACGGGCGACGAAGCCGCCGGAGCCGAACGGUUCGCGGAGCUUCGCAAACAAUACCCCAACAGCCAGCACUAUGCCGACGCUACGCUAUGGCUGGCCCGAUGGCAGUACGACGGUGGCCAACAACAAGAGGCCGCCCGAUUGGUCGAAGAAGUGGUGACGACCGAUCAACCGGUGGCGAACCUCGACCAGGCGCUUUAUCUCCAAGGUCAGAUCGCCGCGGCCGCCGGACAGUGGAAGCAGGUGGGCACGUCGUUCCAACGCUUGGUGAAAGAAGUGCCUGAGAGCCCCUUGCGUCUUGAGGCCGAGUACUGGCUGGCCGAGUCGAGCUUUCAUCUGGCGAACAACAACCCGAGCGACGCGGCGGCGUUUGAAGAAGCUCAAGCGCGGUUCAACGACUUGGCCGAGGCAAUCGAAGGCCAACAAGAACCGUGGAUGGCCAUGGUCUCGCUCCGUCGAACGCAGCUCGCCGCCCAUCAAAACGAAUGGGCCACUGUGCUAGAGAUCGCAGAGACGAUCCCCGAGCAGUUCCCGAACUUCGCUCAACAGUAUGAAGUCGAUUACCUCGUCGGUCGGGCGUUGGCCUCUCAGGCGUUGUUCGAAGAGGCCCGGCAGGCGUACCUUCGGGUGCUUCGCUCGAAGUCGGGCGGUAAGACCGAAACGGCAGCCAUCUCGCAAUGGAUGAUUGGCGAGACUUACUUUCAUCAGAAGAGUUACGCGAUCGCCCUGCGUGAAUACUUGCGUCUCGAGAUACUGUUCGCCUUCCCCACGUGGCAGUCGGCCGCGUUGUUGCAGGCGGGCAAGUGUCACGAGCUGUUAGGCGAGUGGGACAACGCUACCGAGGCCUAUCGCAGAAUUCUCAAGGAAUAUCCCAACACCGAAUUUGCCGACGAAAGGAAUCCGGUCAUGAAGUCCUCCCGUUUGCGCCACGAUUCUUGUCGCGGCCGACUCAUCGCGGUUGGGUGCUUCCUUGCACUAGCGUUUGCGGUCACCGUUGCUCACGCCCAAAACACGUUGGUGGGCCCCGGUGGCGAUCGGAUUCCCGUGGCCUCGCAAGAAGUGGCCGACGCCACCACUGCAGGGCAGGGCGGGGCUGCCUCCGAGGCCCAGAUUCCGACCAAGAACCUGUUCGACAUUGUUCGCGACGGCGGAUGGUUGAUGGUGCCGAUCCUGGCCUGCUCUUUCAUUCUGGUGAUCUUCGUGCUCGAACGGGCGAUCAGUCUCCGCCGUGGGCGAGUGAUCCCGCGACCGUUCGUGAAGCGGUUCAUGCACCAAUUGAGCGAAGGGCAUCUGGAUCGCGAGGAAGCUAUCCAACUGUGUGAAGAAAGUGGAGCCCCGGUGGCUAAGGUAUUCGCCGCGGCCGUGAAGAAGUGGGGUCGCUCGAGUGUGGAAGUCGAGCAAGCCAUCCUCGAUACGGGCGAGCGUGUGGCCAACGAGUUGCGACGCUACCUGCGCGUGAUCAACGGGGUGGCCACCUUGUGCCCGUUGCUCGGUCUGUUGGGCACGGUGGUCGGCAUGAUCAGCGCGUUCAAUUCGAUUGCCACUUCGCAAGCGAUGGGACGCCCCGAGCUGUUGGCCAACGGCAUCAGUGAAGCGCUGAUCACCACGGCCGCCGGCAUGACGGUGGCGAUUCCCGCCCUGACGUUCUACCUAUUCUUCGUCAGUCGCGUUGACCAGUUGAUCAUCGAGAUCGACGCGUUGGGCCAAGACGUGGUGGCCGUAGUGUCGGCCGACGGAACGCAGGGCACCAAGGCCACGCGAUCGAAACCCGCCCGACAAACACGCGAGGCUGCAUAG